AUGAGUUACUAGGCUCAACACUAAAAUUAAUCUCCUAACUACUAAGAUAUAAGAGAAAAAUACCAGAUUUAAGGUGAUUACAGUUAAUCAGACGCCUAUAGAGUAAAUAUUAGUAUUAUUGAAAUAGUAACAAUAACAAUCGAAUCCUCAUAUUGGAAGAUAUACAUAAGUAAUUUAGAGAGUAUAUAAUUAAGGCACCUCAUGAUAAAGGUUCUCAUCAAUUUUCUCAAAAUGAUUUGUCUCGUGAACAUCGUAUUACUAAUAGUUAAAAUGUUGGGCAUCAUGAUACAUCGCACGGUCACAAUCAUUCUGGAAAUGAACACCAUGAAGGUCAUUACAACCCACUUUAGAUGCCUUGUAAUUGGGAGAUUGCAUAAAAACACGCAUUAUCAAGAAGGACUGCAAAAGAGAAGACAAAGGACCCGACUAAAACUUUAGCAGGUAAUUGGAAAUUAAUAACAUUUCAGUUGAAACUUGCCCUUGUUGCGGCUUUGAAGUUGAUAGAGAAGAUAUCCCGUUUUGCUCUGAUCCUAUGGCUUUAUCAUUUUUGGGAUCCGGCUUUACGUUAUUCUACAAUUACUUAAAAUAUUGCAUUAUCAUACUGUUUAUACAAUUGAUUGUGAAAUAGAUUCAUAACCUAUAUACUAACUAUGAAGGGACAUAUUGUAGUCACAUAAAAAGGGAAAAGAUGGAAGGACACAUUAUAGAAGAGCCAUACUGUCCAGAUAGCAUCUUUUUAAGAUUGUCUCUAGCUAACAAAUUAGAGUAAUGAAACAUACUAAAAUUAGUAAUCGAGAAGCCUUAGAGACUAUGCAAGUCUUAAAUUUUAUCAGCAUUUUCAUAAUCAUGUUUGUCCUCAUUUACUUUAGAAAAAGCCAAAGGUAAAUCGACACUACUAUAGAUGAAGAAUAAUUGACUCCUGCAGAUUAUACAAUUUGUGUUAAAAAUAUUCCCACUGGUUUGUCUGUUGAUUACAAAGCUGAAUUAACAAAUUUAUUUUAAAAAUAUGCAGUAUUAGAUUCUACUAAAGAAAUAAUUGUUAGAAAAGUAGUAUUAGUAUAUGAUAUUGAAGAAAUCAUUGAAUUAGAGAAAAAACUAGAUACUUUGAUUGAAAGAAAGAAAGAAGCAAUAUCUGAACAUAAUUUUGAUUUUCAUCAUUCAAGUGUUAAACAAAUAGAAGAAGAAAUAGAACACCUUGAACAUUAAAUUCAUAAGAUAGAAGAAGAAUAUGAACUGCAUAACACCAAAUUUGCAGGCAUUGCAUUUGUUUCUUUUGAUGAUGAAUCUAUGAAAUAAUUGGUGUUAUAAGAAAAUCCUCAUACAUAAUUAGAGAGAAUCAAAUCUCAUUGGAAUAGAGGCAAACUAUCAGGUCUUGGCAAUGAGGAUCUAUCAUGGCAAGGAUAAAAAUUGUUUUUAGAAUAGGCUCCAGAACCUAAUGAUGUUGAUUGGGAGUUCAUUCACAUCACAACUAAUGAAAAGAUAUUUAAAAGAGUGAGAGCCUGGAUCUACUAUAUAUUGUUUGAGAGUGCAGCCUUCUUUGUUAUCUAUUUAAUUUCCCAUAGACUCGCACUCUUGGGAGAUGAAGCACACGAAGAAGAACUAUAAGGGAAAUUAGAUGAAGAUACCAAAAGAAAGAUCAAUAUUAUGUCUUUUAGUAUAUCUAUGACUAUUGUCUUAUUUAACAAGUUUGGAGUAGCCAAAAUAGUACAUUACAUAGUAGAUGAUGAGAAAAUAUCAAAUAAGACAAAGUUUUAGAUAUCAUUUGUGUAUAAAUAUGCGCUCGCUCUAUUUCUGAAUGCAGCCAUCAUCAGUUUUCUAGUAGACAUUGUCAUAUUGAAAAAUGUCAAAGGAGCUGGAGGCUUUAUUUAAAAUGAGAGUCAGAUAUUUGUACUUAAUGCCAUCUUUCCUCCCUUCAUUUGGUUUGUUGACCCAUGGAGUCUGUGCAAGAAUAUUUGGAGAAAAUACAUUAUUUCAAAAGGAGAAAAAGCUUUGCUUACUCAAUAAGAAGCUAACAAACUUAUGGAAGAACCAGACUACCUAUCAGCAAAGAGAUAUUCAGAUGUUAUGAAAACGAUGUGGUUCACAUUUAUGUAUGGUACUGCCAUUCCCUUGGGUACUUUAUUUAGUGCAUUUGGUAUUCUAAUUUAUUACUUUGUUGACUAUUACAAUAUUUUAAGAAGAAGAACUGUUAAGGAAUCCAUCAGCAUUCAAUUAUCCACAGGUAUUCGCUUACUCCUAAUUUAUAGAAAUGAUUGAAAUGCUUGAGUACAUUAUCUCUUGGUGUGCAUUCGGUGAAAUGAUCAUGACGUACACUUUCUUUCAUGAAGUCAGCAAAAUAGAUAUUCUGUUAAUCAUAUUGGCUGUUAUAUACUAAUAAUUGCCAAUGGAAGAUAUUUCUGAGUACCUCUUUCCAGUUGAAAACAAUGAAGAAGUAUAUUCCAUCUAUAAUUAGAUAAAACCAUAUGCAGAAGGUAGUGCCAGUUUUGAUACCGACUAUGAUAGAGAGAACCCAGUCACUAAACAUAAAGCUUUAGCUGAGUGGAACUAAAAAUAGAAAAGUGAAGAAAAUCCUCAUCACAAAGUUAAAAAAAUCUUACAACAAUAAGAUGAAUUUGGAUAUGUUGCAGAUGGACAUUAUGGACGCAGAUGA